AUGAUUAUUGGAAACUAUGGAGACACAGACGAUGUCGAUAUGGACGUGGAUCCGGAGGACGUAGGUCCUGCCCGACUUGCCGUGAUUCCUGACGAGGACAUCGGAACCCAGAUUCGCGAUAUCUCAGCCUCGAAUCCCGGGAAGACCCUUCUGCCAACCCCGGUGGCCAAAGUCGUCAGUUUCGCGACCCGGUCCACAGGUCUAGCUCUACGUAUGAGCACGGUAAUAGGCGGAUAUGGCUUCGAUGCCGCAAAGCUCACCACCUUGUCGAGUCUGGAACUUGGUCGCAGUAUUCUCGGAGGCAUCAUCAGCAGAGCUGGAAAAGAUGUCAUCUCGCGUUCUGGCACAGAUCUUGGAAGAGCAGAUGCUGAAACUACACUUGAACGGAGCCUUGAAAACUUGCACAGGACCAUGACCCAGAUCGUCUUUUGGACUACAACCAGUUUUCACAUGACGGGUACAACGCUCGCCAUGAUCUCUGAGACUUCCCAGCUCCUCCUGUCGACCCUGGAUCAGUUUUUCGGCUCAACAGAUUCAUCGCGGGCCAUGGCAAGCAUCAUCACUUUGAUCCGUCGCGAGUUUCAGAACCCCGCAACGGGCAGACAGGGAGAAAAGGUCGGCGUGAUUGACUUGAUGCUGGGCCUGUGUGGGAUGGCAUAUCUGCAGAGAUGGUGUCGGCGCCUGCUCGAAGAGGAGAGUCGUACCUUGAGGGUCGAGGAGGUAGUGUGGGACGUGGUAGUGCUGAGUGAUGGUGUUCGGGUUGAUGUGCAUGAGGGGAGUCUGUAUGGAGUACAUAACGGAUCGUACGCCGCCGAGGAGGCCUCGUCGAAGGAAACAGUGAUCGCCAUCAACAGCAACGGCGAACUCAACGACGAUGACCGAAGUCGCCUUCCCGUGGCCCAACUAGAGCAACAAAUCAUGAGGUCUCUUCCCGAUAACGCUAGAGUGUCUAUCACCCGGCAGAUUCGCACGACCGAGAUUAUCACAGUGGAGGUUACCGGCGGUGAUGAGGAUAUCAGGGUUGACACACCUCCUGGCGUGGAACUGAUUGAGGAGCCCCGGGCCGUUCGCCACAGCUUGUCCCAGACUCAACUGCGUGGCCGCCCGGAGAACAGCAUCUCUGAUUCUCGGUUUGUGUUCCGGCAUUCACGAAGUCACGAGAGGCGAAGCUGGUUUCAAAAGGAGCACGGAGAUGUCAGCCAGGUUCCCGGGUUUGUGGAACGGAUGGACACGGAGUCUCCCGGAACGUCAGACGUGGAAACGGACGAAGAAGACCCGCCACCACCACCAUCGGUCCCUCCUAAGUCAUCGAGAGAACAAUUACGACCACCUAUCCGACGCCCCAACUUCCAAGGCUCUGGUUCGCCGAUAUCGCCGUCUUCCAUCAGCAAACCAUCCCGUAUACCUUCUGCAUCGAGACACGGGGUGGAGAACGCAGCAAAUCAGAAGCGACCAAGGAUACCCCCAACCGAUUCCUCAUCAAACAAUGACAGGCCGAGCUCCUCUUCCGGGAGACAGUCAUUCAACCGAUUGCUGCCUUCCUACAAGCAGCAGAAGGAAGAUUCGGGUCCUAGUAUAGGCUCCUCAGCCAAGAAAGGGGGUUUCAGAAGCGCGUUUACCAAGCCAGGACGGCUCUUUAAUAGAGAGGAUUCCGGCUCAGAGAGCAGCGCCGGGAAGACGAAGGAAACCGCGAAGCCCGUCAAGCCCGCCAGGCCACCAUCACAUCUAGCAGUUCCUAGCAAACAGUCCUCCCUGAUUCCAAAACAGCCUGUAAUUGUGCCGCCACAGAAGACGACAACGACAAAAACAUCGCGGCCAGGGACUGCUGAUUCACGCCGAAGUGUUCCGAGGAGCGAGUCGCGGGCUAGCUAUAUUUCAGUGCACAGCCGUCGGGACUCUUCCAUCUCCCAAACCGAAACAUUCUCUAUUACAACCGCGGAUGACUAUCGGCCGGUCUCACCUUAUCAGGAGAACUCGUCAACCAAUCCUGUUGUUAGGAAGGCGAGGUCGGACAGAGAGCUUGGCGGUCCGCUUGGUGGUCCGCUUGGUGGUUCGGGGACUAACCAUCGUCGGGUCAAAUCUCACAUGUAUGCGCCCAGCAUCUACACUCUCAGGGCCAAUGAAUCGCAAAGUUCGCUUGUUCCAUACCAAAACUACCAGUCCAGGAGUGCCUACAGCGAUACCGAGGCGUUGGGCACCCUGCGAAAAGCUGGGAAACUGGACACCAUCUUUCCCAACGACCAUUUUCUGACCAACAUCACUCGAUACAUGAGAUUCGCUUCUGCUUCUUACGGGUCAAACUUCCUCAGAGUCCUGGGCAUUGCCAAAGAGAUGCCCAUCUUGCGCGCCCUCGAUGACACCCACCACGAACUCCGCUGCUUUGCUCACCACACCGAAUCCGAUGCCAACAGCAUUCUGCUCUCCUCCUUUGUCGACCCCCAAGGUGGCUCUGACGGCACGGGCUCCACCAACACUGGCGUACCCCUCGUUCAUUACAUCUCUCUUGACCACAAGGCCAAAGCCGUUGUGCUUGCCUGCCGUGGGACACUUGGCUUCGAAGAUGUCUUGGCAGACAUGACGUGUGACUAUGAUGACCUUGUCUGGCGUGGCAAGGCUUACAAAGUCCACAAGGGUGUCCACGCUUCGGCCAAGCGGCUGCUCUAUGGCGGCGACGGCAGGGUCCUCAACACGCUCAAGCAAGCCCUGGAAGAAUUCUCCGAUUACGGUCUCGUCCUCACCGGUCACUCCCUUGGCGGUGCUGUUACCGCUCUCUUGGGAGUUAUGCUCUCGGAGCCACACCCAAGCAGUUCCACCUUCAUCACCUCACCCAAUCCUCAUACUCGACUCCUCGGCGACGGCACCACAACUACUGCUUUCCGGCAUCAAGAGAUAUGCCUCCCUGCUGGCCGCCCGGUUCACGUUUUCGCCUAUGGCCCGCCUUCGACGAUGUCGGCUUCUCUGAGCAAAGCUACUCGCGGUCUGAUCACCAGCAUUGUCAACGGCAACGACCUCGUGCCCUAUCUUUCACUGGGAGUCCUCCACGACUUUCAGGCAGUGUCGCUGGCCUUCAAGACAGACAACAAUGAGGCCAAGGUGGAAGUCAGACAGCGAAUCUGGGACGCGUUGCAGUCAGGGAUAGCAGACAAGUGGUAUGGCUCUAGCGGGAGCGGUGGCGAGUCUUGCAAGAGGGAGGAUGAUGAUCAGUGGGCUUAUGCUGCGCUCAAGGUUCUCAGAGCGAGCAUGAUGAGCCAGAAGUUGCUGCCGCCUGGAGAGGUGUUCGUUGUGGAGAGCACACGGGUGUUGAGGCGAGAUGCCUUUUUGGUGCCGGAGAUUGGCGGAGAGGAUCUGGGGAGACCAGCCCAUCGAGUGGUGUUGAAUCCUGGGAAGUAUGAGGAUGCGUUGAACAAGUUGAGGUCUGGUGUGAUGGAACACUGA